UUUGUCCCAAAAAUCUUUAAAUUAAAAACUUAUCCUAAAUAUGCUUAAAGUUAAACCUCCUAAGAUUGUCCUAUUUUUGGCUUGGACGUUCUUCUGAAGCCUCACCGCCUCCGGUGGUUCUUUCUUCUCUGUUCCUUUCUUCUCUCGCUCAGAUACACAGCUUUCAGCUCCUCGUCUCCAUCAUUCAAUUCUCAGAGCAUAUCCGAAACCAAUCUCGAUUCUAUGAGCAUUUCCGGAAUCCUUUUUGGUUUUCCGGUAGUCGGACAACAGUGGAUUGCGUUCCACCGGGGGCGAUUGAGUGGGAAGAACUGGCUACACAGGGCGAGUUUCAUUUGAUAAGACAUCAAGUUGCAGCGGGUGGUUUUCUGAUCAGACAAUGGCCAGAUGGGACGAAAUUUUUUCUCUUCCAGUACAGAAUCCGCCAACCUUGGAAUUUUCUUCUGCUGAUCUUGUGUGGUCUAAGGUAGAAGGAUGGCGUGACAACAUGGAUAGAGUUGCUGUAAUCCCUUUUGCUAGAGUUGAUGAUUUUGUACGUGGUGAGUCUUCAAAUAAAGAAUGUCCAACCAGAUUUCAUGUUGAAGCGAGGCGACGACGAGCAUUGAAAGCACCUUUCAAGGCAAAGGUUGAUGGUGUACUGGAAUAUAUUUUGUAUUGGUGUUCGUUUGGACCUGAUGACCACAGGAAAGGGGGAGUGAUACGACCCAGUAGAAGUACUUAUGUACCAAAGAAGAAAAAUGCUGGACGGCCAAACACUAAAAGGGGUUGCACCUGCCACUUUAUUGUCAAACGCUUAAUUGCUGAACCAUCUAUUGCACUGAUCAUAUAUAAUGAAGAUAAGCAUGUAGAUAAAAAGGGGUUGCCAUGCCAUGGUCCUCGAGACAAAGAGGCUGAAGGUACUCGUGCUAUGUUUGCACCCUACAUCUCUGAAGAUCUUCGUCUACGUGUAUUGUCGCUUCUAUAUGUUGGUGUUUCUGUGGAGACCAUUAUGCAAAGACAUAAUGAAUCGGUGGAGAAACAGGGUGGUCCAUGCAACCGUGAUGACCUUUUAACCCAUCGAUAUGUAAGAAGACAGGAGAGAAGCAUCAGACGUUCCACUCAUGAACUUGAUGAAGAUGAUGCAGUAAGUUUAUCUAUGUGGGUUGAAGGCCACCGAAGUAAUGUCUUCUUUUAUGAAGAUUUUACUGAUACGGACACCUUUACCUUGGGAAUUCAAACGGAAUGGCAAUUGCAACAAAUGAUAAGAUUUGGCAAUCGUGGCCUUCUUGCAUCAGAUUCCAGGUUUGGAACAAACAAGUUGAAGUAUCCAGUUCAUAGUCUGGUAGUAUUCAAUUUAGACUACAACGCAAUUCCAGUAGCUUGGAUUAUAUCACCGAGAUUUGCUAGUGGGGAUGCCCAUAGGUGGAUGAGGGCUCUUCAUAGUAGAGUUCAAACCAAAGAUCCUUCAUGGAAGUUGGCUGGUUUUGUUGUGGAUGAUCCUCUUGUUGAUGCACAGACAAUAAGGGAGAUAUUUCAGUGUUCUAUUUUAUUAAGCUUCUGGCGGGUCCGCCAUGCAUGGCAUAAAAACAUACAGAAGAAAUGUGCAGAAAAUGAUAAACGAGCUGAGAUAUUAAGACAACUUGGGAAAGCAGUGGAUGGAGUUUGCCGAGGUGAUGAAAAUGUGGAUUCAUUUGAACUGCUGAUUAAAGAUCAAGUUGAUGAUCCAGAAUUUAUUGACUACUUUAAAGCAACCUGGUGUCCGAGACUAGGUAUGUGGACUACUGCACUAAAAAACCUUCCACUCACCAGUCUUGAAACAUGUGCUGCAAUGGAGUUUUACCACAGCCAGUUGAAGCUCAGAUUGCUGAAUGAGAAAGAUAGUGCUGUUUAUCAGCGUACAGACUGGUUGGUCGACAAGCUGGGUACAAAGGUACAUUCUUACUUUUGGCUUGAUGAGUACUCGGAGAAGAAUAAUUUUUCUCGGUAUUGGAAAGAUGAGUGGAUGAGUGGUUUGACAUAUUGGCGCAGAGCAUUGAGAAUUCCAGACUCUGAUGUUAUCAUUGAAGAUGGCAUUGCAAAAGUUACCGACCAAAUUACUCGAGACAGGAAAUUUGUUGUUUGGAAUCCUGGUUCGCAGUUUGGUAUUUGUGAUUGCCAAUGGGCAGAAAUGGGUAAUCUAUGUGACCAUAUGUGCAAAGUUAUUAACGUAUGCCGUAAAAAAGGGACUACAAGGCCAUCAGUAAGCUUAUUACAGUACCAGCAGGUAUUGACCAACAUGCUACGUUGUCCACCUCAUGAUUCUUUAAUACGUGAUCAUGCUGUAUCCUUUGCAAUGUCUGUCCAGAAGCAGUUGAAUGCACUAAUCAGUAUGGGAAGCGACCUAGAAUCUAGGAGUCCUUGUCGGGACCAUAUGAUAAAAACCCUGGAACAUCAAACUGAUAGGGAAGUUACUGGGGACACAGAAUUUUUGAGGGAUAAUGUACUUAGAAACAAGUCCGAGUUGAAUCAACACGAGAAUGACUGUGCCUCUGGACAGGAAGCUUCUAAUAAUAUUACUGAUAACUCUAGUAGCGAGCUUGUUGAUUUAACUGUGACUGGAAACCGUGUGGAUGGUGAAACUGCUGGGCGAGAAUGUCCUUGUACUGAGAUGGAUAUCGAUACAACUUCAAUCUGUAUAUCGCCACAUCGUCUAAAUACUGUUGAAGAGGUUGUAGGUGGGAAUUCCUUCCGCCAAAGUAAAAAUAGAGUACAAAUUGAUAUGGAGUUUGAUAGUCUACCUUAUGGUUUCAAUACUGUCUGUAAUUUAAAUAAAUUUGUAGACAAUCAACGUCAACAAGAAAAGAUAGAAGUAGAUCCAUCACCUAUAAAUGAUCCUUUAACAGCAGCCGAUUUUGCGAACCAGUGCAUGAUGAAUUCUCAGAAUGGUAUUCUCAGGGAUGGUCCUGAGACCACUAUUGCGUCAUAAAAGGUUAUACCAUUCAGAUAUGAACUCUGGGAACUCCAGGCUCAAGAAUGCUGUUGUGAUCUAAAACUUGCAGGGCUAUGUGAACAAAUGUUGGUCCUAAAUUCUUCACGGCCCCAUUCUUCCCACGUUUAAUAAUUAAGCUGUUCGCAAUUUAACAGCAAUUCAUUCUCCAUCUCAUCUGCCUGGCCACAGUAAGAUUUCACUUUAAUCUAUCAAUGAUGGUUUGAUGAGGUUUGUGGAUUGAUAAAAUUUCAUUGGACAGAGAGAGGUCAAGGCCCCUGAACUAAGAAGUUUCAGACCACCUGCCAGAUAUGAUAUUUUUCAAAGUUACAACUCCGAAUAUGAAAGCAUGAGAUUCUUUCUUCAAUUCCACAGGGCCAGCCAUGGCCGUGUCUUAGUAGGGUCUGAACAUUGCUACCUGGGAUGCUCAACUCUCUGGAUGUUCCUACAUGAAUAAUGAUUUUUUGUUUUACAAAUAAAGUACUAUUGUACAGUCAGCCACUGGAAAAUGAAAUUAGAUGACAUGUGGUAGAGUUUACUAGAGAUGUGGAACAGUAAAUUCGGUUCCUCUCAUGUUCACAUAUGGUUACUUAACCUUCAGUGAAGAUGAAUAGACAGUGGAAUAUCCAUAGGUGAAGGUGAAGAUGCCAUUUCAUGUUCUUACUGUUCUUGAGUUCUAUUGUGAAAGAUUUGACUGAAUAUGGUUUGGCAUUGCUGCAUACUAACAAUAGAAAGCAGGCAGAAAUUCGACACGAAUUGCUGGGAUCAUUACUUUAGGCUCUGCUUGUUAAACUUUACUUGAUCAAACUGAUGUUACAACCAGAUUUGUUGAUUUGCCCGAAGUCUCGGAGGCUUGUGUAGUUUGUUAUCGACCUAGUUUGUACGGUGGAGGUGAAAACAGAGCAGCAAAAGUUAAACAGCAUAGAGCUGAUCCAAUUUUGGCCAAAUGCGAUAAUUGAUUUGUCCAUAGCAACGAGUUCAAAAUCCUUCUGAGAUCACUGACUUAUGUUUUUUGUUUAAUUUCCUUAUUAAAUCUCGUGGGUUCUGGAAUUUUUCUUAAAUUAAAUGACGGGCUGACAAUGACCAGAGGAUCAAUAUACUGCAGUUUGAUGCUGAAGUUUUGUGAA